AGUUGCGACACCGGUGAGACCUCUAGGGCGGGGCCUAGGACGACCUGCUCCGUGGGCCGCGAGUAUUCGUCGGAAACAAAACAGCGGCAGCUGAGGCGGAAACCUAGGCUGCGAGCCGGCCGCCCGGGCGCGGAGAGAGAAGGAACCAACACAAGACAGCAGCCCUUCGAGGUCUUUAGGCAGCUUGGAGGAGAACACAUGAGAGAAAGAAUCCCAAGAGGUUUUGUUUUCUUUGAGAAGGUAUUUCUGUCCAGCUGCUCCAAUGACAGAGAUACCUGCACCUUUGUCCUACUUCCAGAAUGCCCAGAUGUCUGAGGACAGCCACUCCAGCAGCGCCAUCCGGAGCCAGAAUGACAGCCAAGAACGGCAGCAGCAGCAUGACAGGCAGAGACUUGACAACCCUGAGCCAAUAUCUAAUGGGCGGCCCCAGAGUAACUCAAGACAGGUGGUGGAACAAGAUGAGGAGGAAGACGAAGAGCUGACAUUGAAAUAUGGAGCCAAGCAUGUCAUCAUGCUCUUUGUCCCCGUGACCCUCUGCAUGGUCGUCGUCGUGGCCACCAUCAAAUCAGUCAGCUUCUAUACCCGGAAGGACGGUCAGCUAAUCUACACCCCAUUCACAGAAGACACUGAGACUGUAGGCCAAAGAGCCCUGCACUCGAUCCUGAAUGCGGCCAUCAUGAUCAGUGUCAUUGUCAUUAUGACCAUCCUCCUGGUGGUCCUGUAUAAAUACAGGUGCUACAAGGUCAUCCACGCCUGGCUUAUUAUUUCAUCUCUGUUGUUGCUGUUCUUUUUUUCGUUCAUUUACUUAGGGGAAGUAUUUAAGACCUACAAUGUCGCCGUGGACUACGUUACAGUAGCACUCCUAAUCUGGAAUUUUGGUGUGGUCGGGAUGAUUGCCAUCCACUGGAAAGGCCCCCUUCGACUGCAGCAGGCGUAUCUCAUUAUGAUCAGUGCCCUCAUGGCCCUGGUAUUUAUCAAGUACCUCCCCGAAUGGACCGCAUGGCUCAUCUUGGCUGUGAUUUCAGUAUAUGAUUUGGUGGCUGUUUUAUGUCCCAAAGGCCCACUUCGUAUGCUGGUUGAAACAGCUCAGGAAAGAAAUGAGACUCUCUUUCCAGCUCUUAUCUAUUCCUCAACAAUGGUGUGGUUGGUGAAUAUGGCUGAAGGAGACCCAGAAGCCCAAAGGAGGGUACCCAAGAACCCCAAGUAUAACACACAAAGAGCGGAGAGAGAGACACAGGACAGUGGUUCUGGGAACGAUGAUGGUGGCUUCAGUGAGGAGUGGGAGGCCCAAAGAGACAGUCACCUGGGGCCUCAUCGCUCCACUCCCGAGUCAAGAGCUGCUGUCCAGGAACUUUCUGGGAGCAUUCUAACGAGUGAAGACCCGGAGGAAAGAGGAGUAAAACUUGGACUGGGAGAUUUCAUUUUCUACAGUGUUCUGGUUGGUAAGGCCUCAGCAACCGCCAGUGGAGACUGGAACACAACCAUAGCCUGCUUUGUAGCCAUACUGAUCGGCCUGUGCCUUACAUUACUCCUGCUCGCCAUUUUCAAGAAAGCGUUGCCAGCCCUCCCCAUCUCCAUCACCUUCGGGCUCGUGUUCUACUUCGCCACGGAUUACCUUGUGCAGCCCUUCAUGGACCAACUUGCAUUCCAUCAGUUUUAUAUCUAGCCUUUCUGCAGUUAGAACAUGGAUGUUUCUUCUUUGAUUAUCAAAAACACAAAAACAGAGAGCAAGCCCGAGGAGGAGACUGGUGACUUUCCUGUGUCCUCAGCUAACAAAGGCAGGACUCCAGCUGGACUUCUGCAGCUUCCUUCCGAGUCUCCCUAGCCACCCGCACUACUGGACUGUGGAAGGAAGCGUCUACAGAGAACGGUUUCCAACAUCCAUCGCUGCAGCAGACGGUGUCCCUCAGUGACUUGAGAGACAAGGACAAGGAAAUGUGCUGGGCCAAGGAGCUGCCGUGCUCUGCUAGCUUUGACCCGUGGGCAUGGAGAUUUACCCGCACUGUGAACUCUCUAAAGGUUAAACAAAGUGAGGUGAACCAAACAGAGCUGCCAUCUUCCACACCAUGUUGGAAAUAAAACACGUCCUAGCUGAACCCUUACUGUCCAGGAGGUUCCGUGUGGAGGUGGCACUGGGCCGGGCCUCCCUCUCAGGCUCCUUUGCUGCCCACUUGUAAGUUUAAAUAAGGACACCGCCCUACACAAACCUCACCCCUGUCACAUCAGUGACUCUGACCACUUUUGUUCUCAAACUCUCUCACUAUUAUCUGUGGUUGCCGUUUCUUCCCAAGGCCAGCCUGGACGAAUUUGGGGUUGCUCUAUCCUGAGAGUUGUAACCUCAACUUCCAAAGUUUAUAUUUUCUUGAAAUGAUGGAUCUAUUGCUCAACAGUCCCUGUCAUCCUUAAGUGACUUCUGGGUUUCCCACAAAUUCCUCACUUUUAGACACACUCUAAGCUUACUUCUGGCCUGGAUGCUUCCUCUCCCUGUCUCUCCCUUGCCCCACAGCGGUUCCCUGACAGCAGACAAGGCAGCUCUGGGAGGUAGCUAGUAUCCAAUAACCCAGGGGUUUCCUCAUGUGAUGCAAAUACUACGUGUCCAACCAAUCAGUGCUGUCAACGGGCUGCCAUAGCUCCUUCGAUGGCAAAUAGGAUGUGUGCCCAAAGAAUUAAAGCGAUGAGUGGCUGGUGAA